UUUCCUGAACAAAAAUCAUGUUCACUGAAACUAUUUAUAUUGAUUUGAUAUUUCUGACAGUUCAGACCAAGACCUCUGCUUUGAAACUGCAAUGGGUGGUUCCAAAUCAGUACCAGAACCAUCUCCAGACCUUAAUACACCAUGGAGGGAAACAAAAUGGACCAGAGAGGAGAAAGAACGACUGAUGAAAGAAAUAAGGAACUUAACACCAAGAUAUAAAGAAGCAAAAGAAUUAAGAAUCAUGAUGACUGGGCAGAUCAAGGCUGGAAAGUCCAGUUACGUCAAUACAGUUAAUUCUGUGUUUCAAGGUUAUUUGACAAGCCGAGCUUUGGCCGGUAAGGAUACACAUAGUUUUACCAAGAAGCUUACACCAUACUAUGUAGAGGACCCUGCAAAAGGAAAAGAUGGAUUUCUCCCUUUUGUUAUCUAUGACAUCAUGGGAAUAGAUCAUAUUCUGACAAGACCUGAUGACUUCAUCGGUGCGGUGAAAGGCCAUAUAAGAGAUGGAUACACGUUCAAUCCAAUCAGUCCUCUCAGUGAUGAUUCUCCAUAUUUCAACAAGAAUCCCACUGUGAAUGACAGGACCCACUGUCUUGUCUACAUUGUAGCAGCAGAUCAACUGAGCAUUAUGGGAAAUCAUGUUCUGAAGCUCAUAAACGAAAUCAGAUCAAAUGCCAGUGAUCUUGAAAUUCCCCAGGUUGUGCUGUUAACUAAGGUGGAUUUAGCCUGUCCAUUGGUAGCAGGUGAUCUCAAGAAAGUGUACAGGAGCAGAUACAUCAAACACCAGAUAGAGAAGGCCAGUAAGAUAUUGGGCAUUCCUGUAAACUGCAUUCUUCCUGUGAAGAACUACCAUGAGCAAAUCAGUCUGAAUGAUGAGACUGAUGUCCUGGCCCUGACGUCACUGCUGCAGAUACUCAGAUUUGCUAAUGACUACUUACAGAACUUGUAUCAACAGAAAUAUAAGACAGAGUUGCAAAGUAUUCAAUAACUACUGCACGCACUAAAUCUUAAUUGUCACUGCAACAUAUUUGAACAGCUUAAUUAACUCAAUUUAGUUUCUUGGCUUUCUGAUAUUUUCAUAUAUUUAUUUGAUAGUGUAAUCUAAAAAUAACACCUUAUAAAAUAUUAAUAUAAAAUAAGAAUAAAAAACAUCAAUUACUAAUUAGAAUUAAACCUUUUAUUAUGUUAGGCUUUUUCACAAAAUAGAAAGCAGCAGCUACAGUAUAUCACCCUGUAACUCGGAACUGGCAGCCUGCUGAAGCUCAGCAGGUGGGAGCCUGGCCAGUACCUGAAUGGGAGACCUCCUGGGAAAGUUCAGGAUAAGGAUUAAUGAUUGACAAUGGGCAGUCCAGAAAUGCACUAUGUACUGUAAGAUCACAUUUAGAGAAAAGAAAGGGGGAAAUGAAGAGAGGAAAGAAAGGAGGUCAGAUGACAAGAGGGGAGUCAGGAGGAGUUGGAACUUGAAGCUUGUGCCAGGCGAGAGUGCCUACUUCAUGAUCAUCCAGACAAAACCUGACUGGAGCUAAGUAUUUGAACCUUGUCGCUCUGUAUUUUUAGGGAACUUUGGUUUCCUGGGUAAAAGAUAACUCGGUUAGAGAAGUCUGUUAGAAGAUCUCCAACAGAAUGAAGACACAGACGACAACAGUCUUCCCAGACCUAGCAGUGCUGAGGGUGCUGGUAUCAGCAAUCUGAACCUCUGGGUUCCUCAGCCAACAGGUUAAACCAUUGAACAGGACUUGGAGGAGCACUGCAAGAUCAGAACCCUUGUGACACCCACGCUACAUUAGAGGACUGGGUGAGAUGUGAGACAUUUCAAGUGCAGAGCAGCAGCUCUGAAAUCUGUGCUGCCAAUUGAAUUACUGCCUGCAACAGCAGCACACAGUUUUCUUUGCGACAGGGCACUGAAGACAUGCCUCUCCUAGAACUUACUUCUGCCUGCAGUACCGAUAACCUGUCUGUCUCACCUCAUACAUCGGUCUGCAUCAGCGUCAGAAACCAAAGAGAGGGUCACAUAACCCCUCCAGACAAGAACUGUCAGGUAUCGGUGAGCCAGGACGUUAUCCUUGAACUAUCUCCCUCAUUGUAGCAACUGGACAGACAGCUUACUGAAUUUGUCUCAUCUCCAAUUCACAGUAGCAAGAUUGGACAGUUCCAAUUUGAACUCGGCCCCAAACCAUGCAAACAUAAGAGUACAUAAAGUUGAAAAGAAUCCAAAAAAUAUCAGUAGGAAGAAAGGAAGAUGAAGAAAAAGGAAAAAACAAAUAAAAGGAUAAAAAAGGAGAGAAAGGGAAAAUAGAAUGGAGGAAAAUUAGAUACAGGUAAGGCACAGAAAAAAUAAGGGAAAAAACAGAGAAGGUGAACAACACAAAAUAGGCAUGGCAAGAAAGGAAAGCAAAAAAAGGUGGAAACAAAACAAUAGUGACUGGAACAACACGGAACAAUGGUAACACUAAGUUUAUGAAACAGACAGCAAAAGUUAAUUAAAAAUCAAUAAAAUCGGUCACUUAAAGCAAAAUUUGGAUAAGCCAUCUUGAAAUUAAGAAAUCAAACAACCUUGACAUUUUCAGUAUAACCAUGGUGUGACAUUUUAAUCUCUUAACAACUGGCCAUCUAUAUAUAGUUUUUGUUUUUCAAAUUAGCACGCUUUCUGUAUUUCUUAAGAAGAGGUAGUAGCACUCUUCUAUGUUCAUUGAUCUUUGGAGAGAAUAUAUGUCUAAUACCAUCAGUUCCAUUGCCAGACACCUUCCAUUGUCCAGUUGGCAAUGAAACAAUGAAGGACAUAAACUGUUGUUCUAAAGUGUAGAACCUCUGUUUUCUAACAGGGUGAUUCUUCCGGGUUUCAGGAAGUCACUUUCUUGCAUUGUUAGCCUUCUCCUGCAGCCAAUGGCAACUCUACUGAUACGUAAGGCAGUUUUCACUUCUGCUGAGCUCUGGUUUAUAACUUGUCUCCAUCUCCAACCUACUGAACAGAGUUUAUAUAGGGAGGGACAGAGUUCCUGUUUGUCAUGGCAGUAAAUAGCAACAGCUAGCUGACAGCCCAUUACAUACUGAAAGGACAUUUAAUGAUUUUAUGCAUAAUUGUACUCUUCUUUAAUUUAAUUUAAAUUUUAUAAAGCA